AUGAGUGAAUGUAGAAAUAUUUUAUACGCAGGACUUGAGUUUUCAGUUCGACGAGAAUCUGAACUUUUGGUUGAAACAUUAAAUGAGAGUAGAUGUUUUUCGGGAAGUCAUUACUUAAAUUUCAGAAUGGUUUUGGAAAUAAUUUUAGCAAGCAUUUCAAUCUUAUGCUUGUAUUUAUUAGUUACCCGACGUCCUAAGAACUUUCCACCUGGGCCGCGAGGAUUUCCAUUAAUUGGAUAUAUUCCCUUUCUUGGAGAAAAUGCUGCAGAAACAUUUCGACAAAUGAAAGAUAAAUAUGGACCUGUUAUGUCGGUACAAGUUGGUCGUGAUUACUGGGUUGUGUUGAAUGAUUUUGAAAGCAUUACUGAGGCACUGGUGAAUCAAAGUGAGAAGUUUUCUGGAAGAGUGAGCAACUUUAUUAACGACCUGAUCACGAAAGGGUACGGAAUUGCAGGAGGCGAUUACGGGCCAGAAUGGAAGAAAUUGAAAAAGUUCGGAUAUCAUGCAUUGAGAGGAUUCGGCUUUGGAAAGAAGAGUAUGGAACAAAAUAUAAACGAAGAGGCGGCGUGGUUAAUUGAAAGUUUGACAAGUACGGACAAGAAAGAAUUUCAAACCAAAAUCACUCAAGCAGUUUGUAACAUCGUCAACCGACUCACGUUCGGGACAAGGCUAGACUACGAAGACAAAAGAUUCAUUCACAUGACUGAAGUCACUCAAAAAAUUUUUUCGGACAGCAGAGAAGCUAAGGUUGUUGCGUUGUUGGUUAUGGCUCCGUCAUUGAGGUUUCUACCAAAUUUUAAACAAGCUGUGAAGGAUUUUGUUGGAGAUUUCGAAACAUUUCUGGGGUACUUUGAAGAUAUUAUAGCUGAUCAUGAGGCGGAUUUCGACGAACAUGACAUCCGAGACUAUAUUGAUGUAUUUUUGAAAGAAAUGAAGGACAGAGGACAGAAUGAUCCUAGUUUCAAUAAACAACAACUUGCACAUUUCGUUCGAGAUCUGAUCGAUGGAGGAACCGGAACAACAGCUAGUACUUUGUGUUGGAUCAUUCUAUGCUUCGCAAAUUAUCCUGAUCAUCAAGAGAAAAUUUAUAAAGAGAUUUUGGAAACUAUAGGGGAAAGUGGAAUACCUUCAAUGAAGCAUCAAGACGAAAUGCCGUACACUUGUGCUUUUAUACAAGAAAUACUGCGACAUAGACCCGUGGUACCAUUUGGAAUUUUGCAUAAAACGACAGAGGAAGCAACUUUAAAUGGAUACACGAUUCCAAAGAAUACAAUAAUUGCACCAAAUAUGUGGGCAGUUCAUUACGAUUCCAGACAUUUCAAAAACCCAAAAGUAUUUCAACCAGAAAGAUUUCUCGAUUCCAACGGAAAAUUUGUCAAGCCGAGUCACGUGAUUUCUUUCUCUAUGGGGCCUCGUUACUGCCCGGGAGAGAAUCUGGCCAGAUUAGAGCUUUUCAUAUUCUUGACGGCCAUCGUUCAGAAGCUGAAAGUCGUCCCUGAUAGCACUAACCCUCUGCCCGCAUUUGAAAGUGGUCGUUUCAACAUGAUGACGUACGAGUCUCCAAAAUUCUAUGUCAAAUUUGAACAACGUUAAUUCAGAUAAAGAAUUGUAAUUUAAAUUCAAUUAAAAUGAAUAAUUUUAUGAUAACUUGUGAUGGGAUAAAAAUAAACUGGCAGAAUCGCAACAAUUUUGUUUGAAUGUAAAUUAUUCUGUCAGUUUGGAUUUCCAUGUCAUAUUUAAACAACGAUAAUUCAGAAACAAAAUUAUAAAUUAAAUUCAAUCAAAAUGAAAUAGGUUUGUGCUAACUUCCUGCAAUGAAAAUAAACUGGCAGAAUAUCAGCUGUUUAAUUUAAAUGGAAUUUAUUCUGUCUGUUUGUUUUUCAUUUCAUUUUCUCACUACUGAUUUUUGAUUUCUUCAAUGACGAAAGUAAAAAAACUA